AUUGGUAUCCAUAUUCGGAUUUCGAUCUAUUUGGCGUGGAUCAGUCUUAGUUUUGAUAGCGUGAUAAUAGCAAGACCUAGUAUAAUUGACAACAAAAACAGCCAUGGGUGACGAUUACGAGUACCAAGUUAUAUCGAGGAUAGAAAAUAUCACGGAACAAGACGACAAAAACUUGGCGGGAGCCACGAAGGAAAUAAGGAAUGAACUAACAGUUAUUAUACCAGAAAACCCGUUCCCGGACAUCGAAGUUGAUGCUUACCCACCUUUAAAAUUCUCUUGGGUGAUUCCCAAAAAAAUUGCAGCUAUGGCUUUUCCUAGGAAUAAAGAGAAUUUGAAAUUCUUAGUAAAUCAAGGUAUCACGCACCUGGUAACACUGACAGCCGGUAAGAAACCUCCUGUGGACGAUAUUGCGAGGUUGAGAUGGACAGAAAUACCCGUAGAAGAAUUUGAAGCACCCAACGUAGAACAAAUUAAGAAGUUUAUAGAAGUGUGUAAGAGAGCUGACAAAAAUGGCGAGGUGAUGGGCAUCCACUGCCGUCAGGGUCGGAGUAGAUCCGGCGUGAUGCUGGCGUGCUACCUCAUACACUUCCACAGGUUCGGGCCCGACCAGGCCAUGAACUCCAUCAGGAUGAUCAGGCCAGGCUCAUUAGACGCGGAGGAACACGAAGAGGCAGUGGGGAGGUACUUCGAAUACCUCACGGAGGACAAUCCCCUCAAGUUUGGAGUAAGCGGAGACGCUAUGGAGGAGUUCGUACAAACCGCCAAGGAGUUCACGAAGAAAGUGCUGGAUUGAAAACUGUGAUCUGUUAUAUUGUGUACCUGAUAUUAAAUGUAAUUUGUUUUGUUUUUUA